AUGGAUUUAGGGAUAGCAAAGAUACUCAUGAUAUACGAAGGUAUAGACUGCAAGACCGAUUUGAUCAGUGUUUCUCGUCCAGCUUGUGACAAACAUUUGCUGCUCCAUGAGUUAAUCUUCUUCCACACUCUUUCCUUUACAAAUUUGAAAGUAGAUGUGCGACUUCUUCCAACCAUAGAAGGAACACCAAGUAAUAUAAAAAUUGCAUCCAUGAAUAAUUUGGGUUUGUCAAUCACAGUGUUUAUUCUAGUAUUGGCCUUUUUAUUUCAAUGUUCAUCUUCUUCUUCAUCAUUGAGAAAGGGUUCCUCCCUCUUAGUGGAAAAUCCAGAAGAUAACAUCAUGUCACAAAAUGGCAUGUUCUCUGCUGGCUUUACUGCUAUUGGUGAGAAUGCAUAUUCCUUUGCCAUAUGGUUCACAGAACCAACUUCCCUCAACCUCAACAAAACCAUUAUUUGGAUGGCAAAUCGCGACCAACCCGUGAAUGGAAAACGAUCCAAACUUACCCUUUUAAACACUGGAAAUAUUGUAUUGUUUGAUGUUUCUUUAAACAAUGUUAGGUCUUCAAACACAGCAUCAUUGAAACCACUAGAGUUGCAUCUCAAAGAUGAUGGAAAUCUUGUGUUGCGUGAGCUUCAAGGAAUCACAAUUUUGUGGCAGAGUUUUGACUCUCCAACAGAUACUCUCCUUCCAGGUCAACCUCUUACAAGAUAUACAAAGCUUGUAGCUUCAAGAAGUGAGAGUAAUCAUUCUACUGGCUUCUACAAGUUCUACUUUGAUGAUGCAAAUGUUCUUGGUCUUCAUUAUGAUGGCCCUGAUAUUUCUAGCUCUUAUUGGCCAAAACCUUGGCUUCUAAUUUCGCAAGUUGGCAGGGCUAAUUUCAAUGGUAGCAGAAUUGCAUUGUUGGACUCUUUUGGUAGUUUCCUUUCAUCGGAUAAUUUGAUUUUCAUAACAUCUGAUUAUGGAACAGUUCUACAAAGAAGAAUGAAAAUGGAUUCUGAUGGUAAUUUAAGGGUGUAUAGUAGAAUUAAUGUGUCACAAAAUUGGUAUGUUUCAUGGCAAGCCAUUUAUGGUGCUUGCAUAGCUCAUGGGAUUUGUGGAGAUAAUAGCACAUGUAGUUAUAAUCCUAAGCAUGGAAGAAAAUGUUCUUGUAUUCCAGGGUAUAGAGUGAAGAACCAUAGUGAUUGGUCUUAUGGUUGUGAGCCUAUGUUUGAUUUUACUUGCAAUAGAAGUGAGUCUACCUUUUUUGAGAUGGUAAAUGUUGAGUUUUAUGGCUAUGACAUUCAUUAUGUUCCUAUGAGUAACUAUAGUUCUUGUGAGAAAUUGUGCUUAGAAGAUUGUAAUUGUAAAGGAUUUCAGUACGGUUUUGGGGUAUUAAAAGGCUUUUAUAAGUGUUAUACAAAAACACAAUUGCGAAAUGGAAGGCAUUCACCAUUCUUUGUAGGAUCAACCUACUUGAGGUUACCUAAAGGUAAUACCUUCUCUAAAGAAGAAUCUUCCACUCCAAGUGACCAUGUUUGUCUUGUGAAACUUCAAAGAAAUUUUGUUAGCGAAAGUGAGAACCAUUAUGUGAAUUUUUUUCUAUGGUUUGCCGCUGCGAUCGGAGCUUUUGAAGCGAUCUGCAUUUUCAUCGUUUGGUGUUCCUUAUUCAGGAACCGAAAGACAAAUGCAGACCAACACGGAUACCACCAGCUCGCAGCAAUAGGGUUUAGAAAAUACAGUUACUUGGAGCUAAAGAAAGCAACAAAAGGGUUCAGUCAAGAGAUUGGAAGAGGUGGAGGGGGUAUCGUGUACAAAGGCCUAUUAUCUGAUCAAAGACAUGUUGCGGUAAAAAGACUUUACAAUGCUCAACAAGGAGAAGGUGAAUUUCUAGCUGAAGUAGGAAUCAUUGGAAGGCUUAAUCACAUGAAUUUGAUCGAAAUGUGGGGAUAUUGCGCUGAGGGAAAAUAUAGACUAUUGGUUUACGAGUACAUGGAAAAUGGUUCUUUAGCCGAAAACUUAUCGGCUAAUAAACUUGAUUGGAGUAAAAGGUACAAAAUUGUUUUAUCAAUAGCAAGAGUUUUAGCAUAUCUACAUGAAGAAUGUUUGGAGUGGAUUUUGCAUUGUGAUAUAAAGCCACAAAACAUACUUCUUGAUUCUAACUUCCAGCCCAAGUUAGCCGAUUUUGGAUUGUCAAAGCUGCAAAACAGGAACAACCUUAAUAAUUCAUGCAUCUCAAUGAUUAGAGGAACAAGAGGGUAUAUGGCACCUGAAUGGAUUUUCAAUUUGCCAAUAACAUCUAAGGUGGAUGUUUAUAGUUAUGGAAUAGUUGUUUUGGAAAUGAUAACAGGAAAAAGUCCAACUACAGGUUUCAAGAUUGUUAGUGGAGAAGAGGAAAGUGAUGGGAGGUUGGUUACAUGGGUGAGAGAAAAAAGAGGCAGUGACAUUUCUUGGUUAGAGGAAAUUGUUGACCCUCAAAUUGCAUUAAAUUAUGAUAGAAGUAAAAUGGAGAUUAUGGCUAAAGUUGCUUUGGAUUGUGUUGUGGAUGAAAGAGAUUCAAGGCCUACCAUGAGUAAAGUAGUUGAGAUGCUUCAAUACCAUGGAAGUGAUGUAUGAUACCUUCACAUUAUUUUUCAAUGUCAUUCUCAAACUUUUAUAGCUAAAGAUAUGUGAAGAAUGUAUAUAUUAUGCAUUUUUUUAUUAUA